GAAGCAAACGUUGAUAAAACCUAAAAGCUAAAACCCUAAUUUCACAAUUUGCAGUCUCUACUAGUUCAUGGGUAGCCGAAAAAACAACAAUCAAACAAACAACACAAACAUGGACAACAACAACAACAACAACAACAACCACCUUCGAUUUGAGGAUGCUGAUGAAGUAAUUGAAGAUGUUGCUGAAACAUCUAACCUUGACCAAUCAAUGGGUGGUUGUGACCUUGAUGAUUCCAAUGACAAAACUAGCGCUGAUUACUACUUUGAUUCUUACUCUCACUUUGGGAUUCAUGAAGAAAUGUUGAAGGACACCGUAAGAACCAAGACAUAUCAAAACGUUAUUUAUCAGAAUAGGUUUUUAUUCAAGAAUAAAGUAGUUCUUGAUGUCGGUGCUGGGACUGGAAUUUUAUCACUAUUCUGUGCCAAAGCAGGGGCAGCACAUGUCUAUGCAGUCGAGUGCUCUCAUAUGGCUGACAGGGCAAAGGAAAUAGUUGAAACUAAUGGUUAUUCUAAAGUUAUAACAGUUUUGAAAGGGAAGAUUGAAGAACUUGAACUUCCUGUUCCCAAAGUUGAUAUAAUCAUUUCCGAAUGGAUGGGAUAUUUCUUGUUGUUUGAGAACAUGUUAAAUUCUGUGCUCUUUGCACGCGACAAAUGGCUUGUGGAUGAUGGAGUUAUUCUCCCGGAUAUUGCAUCACUCUAUCUUACCGCCAUUGAAGAUAAAGAUUACAAAGAAGAUAAAAUUGAGUUUUGGAACAAUGUAUAUGGAUUUGACAUGAGCUGCAUCAAGAAGCAAGCCUUGAUGGAGCCUCUUGUUGACACAGUUGACCAGAAUCAGAUUGCAACGAACUGUCAGCUACUCAAGUCCAUGGACAUCUCAAAAAUGUCUUCAGGAGACUGUUCAUUCACAGCACCUUUUAAGCUCGUUGCUGCUCGUGACGAUUUUAUUCAUGCUUUUGUGGCAUAUUUUGAUGUAUCAUUUACGAAGUGUCAUAAAUUGAUGGGCUUCUCAACAGGGCCAAGAUCGCGGAGUACACAUUGGAAACAAACAGUCCUAUAUCUGGAAGAUGUCUUGACUAUUUGUGAGGGGGAGACAAUUGUAGGGAGCAUGACUGUGGCCCCAAAUAAAAAGAAUCCUCGGGAUGUUGAUAUAAUGCUCAAGUAUUCAUUGAAUGGCAGGCGAUGCAAUGCUUCGAGGGUUCAGUAUUAUAAGAUGCGUUGAAUCUUGCUUUCCAUAUGCUCUCCAAUUUUGUGAAAUUUUGGAAACAAUUUGAUGCUGCCGAUUAAGGACUGUAACUUUAUUGUUUUUUCAUUUGAAUUUUCUUGUAUUUGUGCCCAAUUCUGUUCUGGUUCUUCUGGAUGUAACGAUGAAAUUUCAAAUUCUAUUUAUUGUUUACAAUUUAUUUCUGAGCCAGAUAAUGAUUUCAACAAAUAUUGCCUCAA